GUCUUUACGUACGUAUAUAUCAACGGCUUUGCACAACAAUUUUGCUGGGGCUAUAAAAGCCUUUGGCUAAGCGCAGUUGGAGCAGCAAUUGAAACCCAAAUAUCAACAUGUACAAACAUCUCUUCCUGAUUGUCGCCCUGCUGAUUGCCGUCGGCUCCGCCGUGGAUGACGAUGCCCAUGCCAAGGCGAAGGAGGUGCAUAAGGAUGACGGCCAUGGCAACUUUGCAUAUAGCUAUGACAUAACGAACGGCAUCGGCGCCCAGGAGGUUGGCGACGCUCACAAUAAUGUCCAGGGCCAAUAUCACUUUACCACAAAGGAGGGCGUACCCAUUCAGGUGUCCUACACAGCCGACGAGAACGGAUAUCAUCCACAUGGCGACUCGCUGCCCACGCCGCCGCCCACACCUGAAGCCAUACUGAAGGCGCUGGCUUACAUCGAGGCGCAUCCGCCCAAGGAGGAGCAGAAGGUGCGUCCACGCCCGCAGCCAAAACACGGCAGACAUUAAGCAUUAG